CCAGAGCUGCGGCGGCCCGGCCAUGGACACCUUCUUCCUGUCGCACGGCGCGCCGACGCUCGUCAUCGACGACGUCCCGGUGCGGCACUUGUUCGAGUCGUGGCUGCCGGAGCGGGUCGCGGGGGACCGGCCGCCGCGCGCCAUCCUCGUGGUGUCGGGGCACUGGGAGACGGCCACGCCGGCAGUCAACGUCAUCCGCGGCAGCAACGACACUAUCUACGACUUCAACGGCAUCCCGUUCCCCGAGCCCAUGUACCAGCUCAAGUACCCCGCGCCUGGCGCCCCGGACCUGGCCCUGCGGACCAAGGAUCUCCUGGAGCAAGCCGGGUUCGGCCCGGUGGAGGAGGACCACAGCCGCGGGCUCGACCAUGGCGCGUGGGUGCCGCUGCUACUCAUGUACCCGGACGCCGACAUCCCCGUGUGGCAGCUCUCGGUGCAGACCGACCGCGACGGCACCUACCACUACAACCUAGGCAAGGCGCUGGCGCCCCUCCGGGAGGAAGGCGUCCUUAUCUUCGGCUCCGGCAACGCCGCCCACAACCUGCACAAGUUGGGGCCGAUGAUUGGCUCCCCCGUGCCGCAGUGGGCCGCCGAGUUCGACACCUGGCUCAAGGACUCGCUCCUCAACGGAAGGUACGAGGACGUGAACAGGUACGAGGAGAAGGCACCGCACGGGAAGCUGGCGCACCCGUUGCCGGACCACCUGUACCCGCUGCACGUCGCGCUGGGCGCCGCCGGGGACGGCGCCAAGGCGGAGCAGAUCCACGAGAGCUGGACCCACGGCACGAUCUCCUACGCCUCUUACAGGUUCACCGCCAACAGCUGACGGCCCAACUGCGCACGGCAUCUGUUGUCAUGUGGCUUGCACACAGACAGACGGGAAAGAGAGGAACUCCAUUGCCUGCAGGCAGUUGCUGUAGCUGUUAAUUGCGCAUUUGGGUCGUGAACUGAUGAUGAUGACCGUUUGUUCGAAGCAACGGGCAUGUCAUCGUCGUCGGUGCGUGGCAUCGUGCAUUGAUAAUGUUGUGCGGUUGCGCCGUUUCGAGUGGUCGCCUCCACUCCAACCUCACGAUCGGUUCAGUUCAGCUGCGUGAACAGCGAGUGAUUCAAAUAAUGGAAUGAAAUGAGUAGGAAAAUGAUAUUCAUGUUAUUGAGUUCGGUUUGAGGUAUUAUCCGGGAAAUAAAAAGAUAUUUUAAACA